UCGAGAAACGACAUCACAUGUGGAGUUUGAACCGAAUUCAUAUUACGCAGCAUUCUCGUGCGAGUUGGAAGCAAGUGCUUACCCCAUGUGGUCUAUAAUUUCACAUUUGCAGGAUGGUACACAUGCUCAUUUAGCCAAAAAGAUAAUAACAUACUGUGUUAAUACUCUACAUGAAUGGCUGGAUGCCAUUUACUUUUUGGAACCUAAAUUGUCUCCGGAUGAAAUGAUGCAAGCGUCCUUUCACUUUCCAUUACAUCGAUACUUGGCAGCGUUUCUAUGCCAGGCUGUAACCAAAAUGGGGAUGUCGCUUUCAGAGGUGCUGCCUACCAGGUCAUAUAUAUUGCCUCUUUUAAUGAUACAUCCUCUACGAGUUCAGAGUUUCUUUUAUGAGAUACUGGCUGGGAAAUGGGUGCGUAAUGGACUACAAAUCAAAGGUCAAGCCAUGACCUAUAUACAGGCGAAUUUUUGCAAUUCUAUGGCGGACAUGGACCUAUUCUUUCUGCAAAUAUGUACAACGAAUUUGCCACAAUACUUCUUUUUGCAGAACACAAUUGAACUUUUCGGUGUAGGUCAGUGGUUAGAGUUUGCACCAUUAAAACAGCCGCAAAAGUUGGAGCAGUGCUCAAUGCUUGAGGGAUUCUUAACUUUUUUAGCAACGCUUGUAACUAGUCGUACGAAUCUCGGUAAUGACGAGGCUACACAGUGUAUCAUUGAGAUAAGUGCAUUACUCGCUACUGAGAAUAAGACACAUUCGCAAUUGUUAGAAUUGAUGCCGGAGCGAUCUGGCAAUGUACAUACGAAAAACUUUGAAAACUUUCUGAAAAAGCUGUCUGUUUACAAGGCUCCUUCUUCCGGUUCGGAAAAUUUGGAACAGGGUCUUUUUACCCCGAUUGAUGAUGUGUGGGAACAGCACUAUGACCCCUUACAUGUACUUUUGCGAGCAGUACAUCGGCGGGAUUUUCAAUCGUCUCUCGAUCGUUUUACAAACUAUGUUAAAAGUAAGAAUAAGAUGCCGGCUAGUGGUAAUUUGUGGCCACCGUUUCGACUACCAAGGAAAGUGGGCGUAGCUUUUAGUGAUCCAUGUUGUAUUCUUAAUUCUCGUGUGUUUCACUCCACUAUACUAUCAAUUUUAUUUCGGGCAGUGCAUUCGCGGGACGUAUCUGAGCACUUGCUAGCGUUAGCAAUAUUUCUGUUAGAAAUUGCUGUUGAGAAGAGUAACGACACUAAUGGUACUGACAAUGACAAGGCUGCCGUUGUGGAAUGUGAACCAAAAAACAAACAUGGCUACCCAUUUUCUUUGAGACGUGAUCCACCAAAACUUUUCCACUGCUAUCCGACUGAUAAUCUACGAUGUAAUUUACGUUAUGUCGUCUCAAAGUUAUCUUUAAAGUCUCACGAGCCACAGGUAUCGCCAGCAAGUUACCGUUCUAAUCAAUUUUACGGAGAUUUAGAUUAUGAUGUAGAAAGCGAUACUGCGACUGCUUUGCCCAUGAUUGGUGGCAGUGAUGAUGACUUAGAUGAUGAUUCAAUGAGUGUAAGUGUGGCUAGUGGCACGUCGACUGCAAUGGUGCGAAUGCAAAAUAUGGAAGUGGCCUUGCCACCAGAUCUUUCAGUAGUACCAGAACAAGGCUUAGUAAUCAGACAAGAUAGCCAGGAUGAUGAUACGUUGCGAGAUGCCGAUGAUGCUAUUGAAGGUGCCUCACCAUCUGUAGGUUUUCGCUUCUCAUUACAACCUAUUACAUUACCCGAAAGUGGAAUGGAAGUGGCUAUAAGAAGGGAAUUGCAAUUACUAGCUGGUGGCAGUGUAACUGCUGGUGGAGGUAGUGCUGUUAGCGCUGGUGGAACAUCCGCGAGCGGAUUAAGAAGAACUACGGAAGUCCAACAUAAUCCACAACAACAAAAUGAAAUGUUUUCACCUAGUACUAACAAUGCUAAUAGCAUGUUAUUGCCAUUUCAACGAGUACAACCGGUUGCUGUACCGGUCGGUAGUCGAAGCAUAGUUCCCACAGCAACGAUACGUGGUGUGGUGGGAGUUCCUACGUUGAGUGGACGUCGAACUUAUGAUUCGGCUUCACGCAAACGAACUACCCAGUUGGUAGACAAUGCGAUUGGAGGGCAAAACAAAGACGAAGUCCCCAUCGAGGAAAGCAUACUUUCGUUACUCUUAAAGCUACAUUCACAGCUUAGUGGUACAUUGGAUAGUUUCUCAUUAAGCGAUGGUGAAGAUGAAGAAGCGGAAGAAGAUACUGGCGAAAGGAUGCAGUUCUCAAGCUCAAGUAUAGCAAAAGACCGAAUUAAGCAUGUGGAUAUUGAAAAUGACAUAACAGCAAAAGCAACAUCUGUCAAUCAUUUAGAAAAGGAAAGACUGUUAAAGAUAGACGAAUCAAGUAAUCCAUCGCAUAGCGCACCAGAUUCACCUUCAGCCAUGGAUAUAGACUGCUUGGAAGCCAGCACUUCUGCUGCCGCUUCUAAUCUUAACCUAGAUUCUAGUCAACGGAAACACAAUCACAGUAGCACGAGUAGAAAGCGUAUUCGUAAUUAUAGGAAAAUUCGAGUAUCCGAUUCUCGGAUUGGUGAUGGCCCCUAUUUUAUUGGCAAUCUUAUACGUAAAAUAGCACAACGUGAUGAGUUGUGCGCCCAAAGCAUUGACGAGAUACGUUCAACACUUUGGCCGAAUCAACGUGAAAAACAAGCCGAGCAAAAAGCUCGGGAGACGAGGGAGAAAGAAGAACGUCGUAAGCGCGCACGGGAGCGGCAAAUGAAAAUGAUGCAAGAUUUCGCAAAUAAGCAAAAAGAAUUCAUGCAAACGGCUGCUCAUACCAUGGAGGGCAACAUGGACGACGAAGACGAUGACAUUUUCGAAGAGCAGCCCCGUGAAAAGGAGUAUGAUUGUAUUAUUUGCAAUUGCACAACACCCAGUACUGAAUCCAAUCCCAUUGGACUUGUUGUAUUGGUUGAAUCUAGCGGCAUUGUUGGACAUCGACGUCGAACCGCUGAACGAUUGCCGUUACCACUUUGUCUCGAAGACGAGGAACGGUUAAAACAGACCACCAGAUUAGCAAUUGAGUUUAACCGACGGACUGAUCUAUUGAGUUUAAAAUUUGGGGAAGAAUCCUGGUAUCUCUCCAAUAAUAUGGCCUACGAAAAUGGUGUACAUGUGCAAUCGUGUGGCCAUCAUGUUCACCUUAGUUGCCUUGAUGCUUAUCUGAAAACAUUGUAUGCCACACAACGGCAGCAUCAGCAUGAACGAGGGGAGUUUUAUUGUCCAGUCUGCAGGCAGCUGUCUAAUUCGGUACUACCACUGAGUCCCCAACUGGAUAGACCAACGCCGAUGGUACGAUCAGGUACCCAACCUUUUGAGCAGCUUGUAGCUGAAUUGACCAAUUUGAUCAAAGAAAAUGUGCGACCAACGCAGACGUCAACAAAACUAUCGGAGGCCAUGGGUCGCGCAAUGGAGGAUAUGACAAAUAUUACUCAUCGUAAAAUGAAGCGUGUACCGCCAACAUUACGCAGUCUAUUCGUCUUCGUGACAUCAAUUGCUCGUACGAAUUUAGAGUCGGAAAUUAUACAGCGCGGGGGUUCUCUAUGCACAACAAAUUCAACACGCUACAAACCGAAGCGCGACUGCAUAGUUCCUUUACUGCAUGUGUUAUCUGUACACGUUCGUGUGUUGGUGGAAUGGCCACUUUGGCGAUCUUGGGCAUCACUUGCUGGUUUACCGGUAAGCGAUUCGGCUCCAGUACCUUCGCAUUGCCUCGAACUGAUACCUAGCCUUUUGGCCGACCCCAUAGCGUUGCUGUUGAAAUUUAUUUUGUUAGCUCCUCUACAUUUAGACCAAGAUUUCUUCACUUGCAUGGUUAAGGUUAUGUACAAUUUAUUGUACUACCAAAUAGUAGUUCAACUAUGUGUUACACUCACAGAUUUAGAAUGCGAAUAUAUAAUAUCGAAAUUUAACAAAUCUCCUUCCAUGGAUGAUGAUGAUACCAUCAGCCGACGAAAUUCUUCCCGUACAAGUGGUACUACCUCAUCGAAUAUACCGUAUUUGGGACGUGCUAUGGCGUUGGUAUUGAAUAACACAAAUCGUAUGUCACAUUUGCGUCGAGAAAGCAUACCAAGUACGUCAACGGCUGCUGCUGCUGCGGCAAAGGCGAAUUGCGCGGGAUUCUAUGCAUUUUCUGGUCUUGGAUAUUCAUCGAAUAAUAGAGGUGGUAACGAUGAUGCGAACAUUUCGAAAUCUGAUGUCGAAGUAAAUCUCAAGUCCAUGGAAGCUCAAUUACAAACACUAUGCUUGCCAUUUUUACGCAUAGCAGCAUUGUUACGGCAACAUUUAUAUAGACAUGAUAUGCCCGAAAUAACCGCACCAGGAUUGGAGUUCGUGCGUCUUGUUUAUUACUUAGAACUAGUUACAGAUUCAAUGGACUGGGACUGCUUUAAUGCUUCGAAAGGUUUAUGCUUCAUAUCUGGCACUGAGCAAACGUUGCCUAAAUUUUGGUGUGAGCAAUUAAUGGAUAUUCGGCCACCAACAGAUACAGUGCGUGAGCUUGUUAUCUUAAAUCAGCAUGGAUCUUGGCAACAACCAAAACUUCUCGAAUUACCUCGGGAGUAUGAGCGAUUAUUCACGUAUUACCAUGAACGUCCAUGUCUGAACUGUUAUAAAGUGCCGAAAGAGAGCUCAAUUUGCUUAUUAUGUGGCACAAUUGUGUGUCUUAAACAAACAUGCUGUGCUGAAAAUGACUGUUGUGAAGCGGUUCGUCACACAAUUACUUGUGGGGGAGGAAUCGGAAUAUUUCUUGUCGUUACGUCGACAUACAUAAUAGUGAUUCGUGGCAGACGUGCUUGCCUUUGGGGUUCGUUGUAUUUGGACGAUUUCGAUGAAGAAGAUCGAGAUCUCAAGCGUGGAAAGCCCCUUUAUCUAAGUCAGGACCGCUUCAAUUUAUUGGAAUCGCAAUGGCUGUCACAUAAAUUUGCGCAUACAAAACAUACAUGGGUAUUCCAUCGAGAUUUAUUGUGAAAUAUGGAAGAGUUAUUAAGAAGUAUACAAGAAUUGGUAGGGCAAAUAUAAUUAAUUGUUUGGUCGGUAUAAAAAUGUAACAAAAUACGUAUAUUAUGAACAAUGUUCAAGUCUAAUUUAAAAUAUAUAAAAUAUCUCGAAGAAUUUGCGAAGCAAAGAAGAAUAACCUACGCGUUUCUAAAAUGCGUUACAUACAGUUAAUAAAGGCAAAAGAUCUUUGCUAUUACAUUAUUAAUAAGCUAUAGAUAUUUCAGUUAUAACUCGCAGCUUGCUUAUGUUUAAAUAACGUAGCUAAAAUAAUAUAAUAAAUAGAAAAUGUAAAAAGGCUUAAUGACGAUAUAUCAUAACGUGUGUAAAUUGAUUGAGUGAAAUUUGACAGAGUUAGCUUAGAUCCCAUUUGGAAAAUGAUAUUCAAAUAUUGCUGAAAUGUUCUUUUUAUCGAUAUUAUUAAAGCUUUCAACAAGUCCGAAAAUUCAAAAACUAUUAUAGAUUACAUAAAACGACCGCAAAACAUCCUAAAAUUACGUUACACUUUACGUAUUCACGGAUAUUGCAUAUUGUUGCUGACAUUCAUCUCUCGCAAUGGAAACAUGACAUUAGCAAUACCGUCUUUUUUAUGAUGUGUUCAGCGUAUGUAUUUAUUACACAUACACAAAUGUUAUGAAAAAUAACAUUAAAAAUUAAAUGAAAAUUGACAUUGAAAAUAUAAUUAAAAGCUUAAAAAUAACGUAUUCAAUAUUCAUUUAUGUGAUAUAAAUUAAUAGCUAUUAGAUCAUGAUAAUGUGAAAGAACAAAACGUAUUUGAAUAUCCGGAAUGAAACUUUAUUUCCAUUUCAUUAUAUUUUUCAAUUUGUGUUCGGUAAGAAACUAAAGUAUCGAAUUGAAUAAAAGGGUAACAUUUACAUAACAAUAACAAUUAUAUUUAAUAAUAUCAUUAGCUAGAUGAAGAUAUAAAUUUCUUUGGAGACAUGCAAAUGUAUAAUUAAUAAAAAUAUGAAAAAAUAAUAA